AUGGCGCAAGUUCACGAGAAUUCCAACAAUGACGCUGCUGCUCAGGUUCCGAAUCAUCUCACUACGACGUCGUUGUACGUCGGAGAUCUCGAUCAUGACGUCAAUGAUUCGCAGCUUUACGAUCUUUUCAAUCAGAUCGGUCAAGUUGUUUCUGUUCGGAUCUGUAGGGAUUUGACUUCUCAGCAAUCCCUAGGUUACGGUUAUGUCAAUUUCAGUAACCCUCAUGAUGCUGCAAAGGCUAUGGAUGUGCUGAAUUUCACUCCACUGAACAACAAACCGAUUCGGAUAAUGUAUUCUCAUCGGGACCCUAGUGUUCGCAAGAGUGGUGCUGCCAAUAUUUUCAUCAAGAAUUUGGAUAAGGCAAUCGAUCACAAGGGUUUAUAUGAUACUUUUUCGGUUUUUGGAAGUAUUCUCUCUUGCAAGAUAGCAAUGGAUGCUUCUGGCCUGUCUAAAGGCUAUGGUUUUGUGCAAUUUGAGAAUGAAGAAUCUGCACAAAGUGCAAUUGAUAAGUUAAACGGCAUGCUGAUCAAUGAUAAGCCUGUCUAUGUUGGUCAUUUCCAACGGAAGCAGGAUAGAGAUAACACCUUGAGUACUGCAAAAUUUAAUAAUGUCUAUGUGAAAAAUCUAUCAGAGGCAAUUGCAGAUGAUGACUUGAAGAGCAUUUUUGGAGAAUAUGGAACUAUUACUAGUGCUGUAGUAAUGAGAGAUGUAGAUGGUAAAUCAAAAUGUUUUGGUUUUGUCAAUUUUGAAAAUGCAGAUGCUGCUGCUAAAGCUGUGGAGGCACUUAAUGGAAAGAAAUUUGAUGACAAGGAGUGGUAUGUCGGAAAAGCCCUGAAAAAGUAUGAAAGGGCGCUUGAACUGAAAGAAAGACAUGAGCAGAGCAUAAAGGAAACUGUUGACAAAUAUUAUGGUGCCAACUUGUAUCUCAAAAACUUGGAUGAUAGUGUCAGCGAUGAAAAACUUAGCGAACUUUUCUCCGAGUUUGGUACUGUAACUUCAUGCAAGAUUCUGCGAGAUCCACAGGGAAUCAGCAGGGGAUCUGGAUUUGUUGCUUUUUCAACUCCCGAGGAAGCAACUCGAGCUCUUGCUGAGAUGAAUGGAAAAAUGGCUGCGGGCAAACCUCUCUAUGUUGCUCCUGCACAGAAAAAGGAAGAGAGAAAAGCAAGGUUACAGGCACAAUUUUCGCAAGUGAGGCCGGUUGCAAUGGCUCCUAUUGCGCCGCGGAUGCCAUUUUACCCUGGGGGAGUUCCAGGGAUGGGACAACAAAUCAUGUAUGGCCAAGCUCCUCCAGCCUUCAUAUCUCAGGCUGGAUUUGGUUACCCGCAGCAAAUGGUUCCUGGAAUGAGACCAGGUGGUGCUCCAAUGCCAAACUUCUUUGUGCCCAUGGGUCAGCAGGGUCAACAAGGUCAGCGUCCUGGCGGACGGCGAGGUGCAGGUCCUAUGCAUCAACUCCCGCAGUCAUUGCCAAUGAUGCAGCAACAGAUGCUUCCAAGGGGACGUGUCUACCGAUACCCCCCUCCUGGUCGCAACCUGCAAGGUAUUCCGCUGCCAGGAGUAACUGGAGGAACGCCCAUACAGGCUCUGGCUACAGCCCUUGCAAAUGCUCCUCCUGAACAGCAGAGGACUAUGCUUGGUGAAGUUUUAUACCCCCUAGUAGAAAAGAUCGAACAUGGUGGAGCUGCAAAGGUUACUGGGAUGCUUUUGGAAAUGGACCAGCCUGAGGUGUUACAUCUGAUUGAGUCACCCGAGGCUCUCAAGACUAAAGUUGCUGAGGCCGUGGAAGUGCUGAGAAAUGUUGCACAGCAGCAAUCAAACAACCCAGCUGAUCAACUGGCUUCUCUCUCUCUUAAUGACAAUCACGAGUCUUAG